GAGCCACAGUUUGCAGUGGCCUUCUUGAGAGGACAAGUAGAUUUGGGGGGCCAGUUUCUCCAACAGAAAACUGGGACCCUAUUUUGAACGUUUCAGACCUCUUGAGGGGGAAGCUUCCAGGCCCACAGCAGGCCCCCAUAUCCCACCUUAUGUCUUGGGGUCCUGAUUGCCCUUCUCCAUCUGAUGGGUAGGGUGGAGGGGAUUGAGAGACUAACCUCUGUCUCUAGUUUGCACCAGUGCCUCUGACAUGAGGCUCUAAUCUCACUUGAAUCCACUUCCUUCCCUCCCAAACCCUGCUCUCCUGGCUGUUCUCUCUGAGGGAGGGGUGUCUCCUGUAGACCCUUCCCCAGCCCUACCAGAAAUGAGAAGUGAGAUGGGUGGGCCUAGGGGCUGGUGUCCCCUUGUGUCUGCAGAUGCUGGCUGUCAGAUGUCAUGGAGCUGGAUCUGAGCCCUCCUCAUCUCAGCAGCUCCCCAGAAGACCUGUGCCCUGCCCCUGGGACCCCUCCUGGGACUCCCCCACCCCCUAAUACUCCUCUGACAGGGGAAGUGAAGCGAUCCCAGCCUCUGCCCAUCCCGAGCAGCAGGAAACUUCGAGAGGAGGAGCUGCAGGCAAGCUCUCUGCCCUCCAUACCCAACCCCUUCCCUGAGCUCUGUAGUCCACCUUCACAGACUCCCAUUCUUGGGGGAUCCUCCAGUGCAAGGGGGCUGCUUUCUCGAGAUUCUAGCCGCCUACAUGUGGUAAAGGUGUACAGUGAGGAUGGAGCCUGCCGGUCUGUGGAGGUGGCAGCAGGUGCCACAGUUCGCCAUGUGUGUGAAAUGCUGGUGCAGCGAGCUCAUGCCCUGAGUGAUGAGAACUGGGGGCUGGUGGAGUGCCACCCCUAUUUAACAUUGGAACGGGGUUUGGAGGAUCAUGAGUGUGUGGUGGAAGUGCAGGAGACCUGGCCUGUCGGUGGAGACAGCCGCUUUGUCUUUCGGAAAAACUUCGCCAAGUAUGAACUGUUCAAGAGCUCCGCACAUUCCCUUUUUCCAGAAAAGAUGGUCUCCAGCUGUCUGGAUGGACAUACAGGCACAUCCCAUGAAGACCUUAUCCAGAACUUCCUGAAUGCGGGCAGCUUCCCGGAGAUCCAGGGCUUCCUGCAGCUGCGGGGUUCAGGCCGCAAGCUCUGGAAACGCUUUUUCUGCUUUCUGCGUCGCUCUGGCCUCUAUUACUCCACCAAGGGCACCUCCAAGGAUCCAAGGCACCUACAGUAUGUGGCAGAUGUGAACGAAUCCAAUGUGUAUGUGGUGACCCAGGGCCGCAAGCUCUAUGGAAUGCCCACAGACUAUGGCUUCUGUGUCAAGCCCAACAAGCUUCGAAAUGGCCAUAAGGGGCUUCGCAUCUUCUGCAGCGAGGAUGAGCAGAGCCGUACCUGCUGGCUGGCUGCCUUCCGUCUCUUCAAGUAUGGGAUGCAGCUCUAUAAGAAUUACCAGCAGUCCCAGUCUCGCCACCUGCGCCCAUCCUAUUUGGGAUCUCCACCCUUGAGAAGUGUCUCGGAUAAUACUCUGGUGGCCAUGGACUUCUCUGGCCAUGCUGGGCGGGUCAUCGAGAACCCUAGGGAAGCUCUCAGUGCAGCCCUGGAGGAGGCCCAGGCCUGGAGGAAGAAGACAAACCACCGCCUCAGCCUGCCCACCCCGUGUUCUAGCUCCAGCCUCAGUGCAGCUAUCCACCGUACCCAGCCCUGGUUCCAUGGACGCAUAUCCCGAGAAGAGAGCCAGCGGUUGAUUGGACAGCAGGGCCUGGUGGAUGGUGUGUUCCUGGUCCGGGAGAGCCAGCGGAAUCCACAGGGCUUUGUCCUGUCCCUGUGCCACCUGCAGAAAGUCAAGCACUAUCUCAUUCUACCAAGUGAGGACGAGGGCUGCCUCUACUUCAGCAUGGAUGAUGGCCAGACCCGCUUCACAGACCUGCUGCAGCUUGUGGAGUUCCACCAGCUGAACCGUGGCAUCCUGCCCUGCCUGCUGCGUCACUGCUGUGCCCGAGUGGCCCUCUGAGGCCACCUGUGUCAUUUCAGCUUGUGGGGCUGCCCACCACCCCUCUGCUCAGUGGACUUGGAGGGCGCAGGUGGGUGGGCUGUUGCACAAUUGAGGGGUUCUCCAACCCCACUUUUCUCAUCUGCUUCUUUGCCUCCCCACCACUUUGUCCACUCUGGACCCCUGUCUACUCAGGAGGUGCUUGGUGGUCCUCUUCACUUAGUGGAAUUCCUGAGGCACUGCUAAUGCCCCAGUGAGGGGCAGUACCAGAGAAAUAGUGCAGCUUAGGUAGCUGCAGGUGCCACACUUUGUACAGACUGAGAGGCCAGUUGAUCUGUUCUGUUUUAUACUAGUGACAAUAAAGAUUAUUUUUUGAUACA